GAAGCCAAACAUGGCAGGAGCUACAGGCGAACGAUCUUUGGAGGAAACUCCUACAUGGGCAGUAGCUCUUGUUUGUCUAGUAUUCAUUGUCAUUUCCGUAAUACUUGAACAAUCUAUUCAUCAUGCUGGCAAGUGGCUUUUGGCGCGAAAUAAAAGGCCCUUGUAUGAAGCACUUGAUAAGAUCAAAUCAGAAUUGAUGCUUCUGGGGUUCAUCUCCCUUCUAUUGACAGUUGGACAGCAGCUUAUUUCCAAGAUAUGUAUAUCGAAAAAAAUAGCUUACUCUAUGCUUCCCUGUGACAAGAAGGAAGAUUCAGACUCAGAGUCGAAAACUGAUCCAAGAGAUGAAAACCACAGGAAACUUCUAUGGACAUCCAUGUCUUCUAAUCAGGAGGUCCCAUGGAGGCGUGUUUUGGCUUCUCCUGCUGGGGGUGUGGAUCACUGUACACAAAAGGGCAUGUACCCUCUUGUUUCCCAGAGUGGCAUGCACCAACUCCACAUCUUCAUCUUUAUAUUGGCAAUUCUACAUGUCUUCUACAGCGUCCUAACCAUGGCCUUAGGAAGAGCAAAAAUGAGACAGUGGAAAUCAUGGGAGAAGGAAACCCAAACAUUGGAAUAUCAAUUUUCAAAUGAUCCUGCAAGAUUCAGAUUUACCCAUGAAACUUCAUUUGUAAGGCGCCACUCAACUUUCUGGAUACGAACUCCGGUUCUUAAAUGGAUUGUAUGCUUCUUUCGACAAUUCUUUAGGUCAGUACCUAAAGUUGAUUACCUGACUUUGCGCCAUGGCUUCAUUAUGGCUCACUUGGCUCCAAACAGCAAGUUUGAUUUUCAGAAAUAUAUAAGGAGGUCUUUGGACGAUGACUUCAAGGUUGUAGUUGGAAUCAGCCCUCCAUUGUGGGCAUUUGCUGUGGUCUUUUUGCUUCUUAAUGUGUCUGGGUGGUAUGCUUACUUUUGGCUCUCUUUCGUGCCCUUAUGUAUAGUCCUGUUAGUUGGAAUGAAGCUACAAGUCAUAAUAACAGAGAUGGCCUUAGAAAUCCAUGAGAGGCAUGCUGUAGUCAAAGGAACGCCAUUAGUGCAGCCGAGUGAUAAACGGUUCUGGUUCAAUCGCCCAAAGUUGGUUCUCUUUCUGAUACAUUUUACUCUCUUCCAGAAUGCUUUCCAGCUUGCUUACUUUUUAUGGAUAUGGUAUGAGUUUGGCCUGAGGUCCUGUUUCCAUUCAAAUUUCACAUUUAUCAUGAUCAGAGUUGCCAUGGGGAUAUCUGUGCAAAUUUUGUGCAGCUAUAUUACACUUCCUCUAUAUGCCCUCGUGACACAGAUGGGGUCUCACAUGAAGAAGGCUAUAUUCGAAGAGCAGACAGCAAAUGCACUAAAGAAAUGGCAUAAAAAUGCCAAGAAAAAUAGGAAGAAAAACAGAAGGCCCGAAUCCUCUGGAUUUCGAAGUGGCGAAGCAACUCCCAGCCGCGGGUCAUCACCAAUCCAUUUGCUCCACAAGUACAAAACAAUGGGAGAUAUUGAAAGUCCAGAAAUCUCUCGAAGACUUUACCAUUCAGAGCAUGAAGCAUCAGAUUAUGAGUUAGAACAGCUUUCUGCUUCUGCUUCUCCUUCUCCUCCUCAUCAUCUUUCGUUCCAGCAUACUCACCCUGCUUCUACUUCUGAGCCAGAGAAGAACACACAGACGACAAGACAACGGUCCACUGCAAAAGACACCGAUGAUUUCUCCUUUGGAAUGUAAACUCCUGAAUGCUAAAUCAUCUCCUAACCAAUAGAAAAUCACGCUACGAAACUCAGUUAUUGCAGUUACAUUAUACUAGUUAUCCUCAACGAAUUUAAAGAUUGUAGUCAAGAAGGAAAUGACUCCUUUGUAUAUUGAAAACAAUACUUAAGUAUGUCCUUGUAGAGUUUGGGGACUUUGUUUUAACUUAGGGAAUUAUUCUUUUGUAUUCUUUUAUGCAAAUUCAUAAGCUAUUAAUCCAAACAAAUCCAUUUCACGUAA